AGAUUAAGGUAUGCUUUAUCUCCACAUUAUUCAAUAUGUUGGGUUUAUCGGUGCACAAAUCUCCAAUUCCGUUUUGAUUUAUUUGAUUGUGACAAGAGCGAAAAAACUAUUUGGAACUUAUCGAAAUGUCAUGUUCAGUUUUGCAGUGUACUUUUCAGUUUACGCUUGGAUUGAAAUACUCGCACAACCUAUAAUCCAUAUCAAAAGUCCGGCUUGCGUUGUUUUCAUGGAAAGCCCUCUAAAGUACUAUCCAGUACUUGGCUACAAUAUCACUUGUUUGUACUGUGGAUCCUUUGCACUUGUCAUUUCCCUAUUAGCUGCCCAGUUUUGUUAUCGAUAUUUUGCAGUUUGUCGAAAUACUCAACUGGCUAAUUAUGAAUCUCGGAUAGUUGCUGGAAUUUUCGUUCCUUGUCUGAUUUGUUUUAUCGCUUGGUAUGCUUUUGUGUAUUUUGGAAUGCAUAACAGUAUUGAGAAGCAAUUGUAUUUAAAGGAUGAGCUCAAAACCGUCUACAAUGAAGAUUCCACAAAAGUAGCGUUUAUCGCUGUUAUGUAUUGGACAGUUGGUGAAAAUGGAGAAAAACUAUGGAGAUUUUGGGAUCUUAUGCUUCUUGUAGCCUGUAUUUUAACUAUAGGAGGAUGUUUUGCUAUAAUUGUAUUUUGUGCUGCAAAAAUCUUCUUAAAAAUGAAAAGUGCAGGGAAUAAUAUGAGCAAAAGAUCACUAGAGCUUAAUCGACAACUUCUUGUCGCUCUAACAUUUCAGACAGUACUUCCCUUAUUCAUGAUGUAUAUUCCUGUCAGUUUAGAAAUCACAAUGCCAUUGCUUGAAAUUGAAACUGGUCAUUUAGCUAAUUUCACUGCUGGAAGUCUAGCAGUUUAUCCUUCGUUGGAGCCACUUAUUGCAAUUUUCUGUAUAAGAGAAUUCAAGAAAGCUGUAUUUUGCUGCAUUCAACCAAAAAAGACUUCCACCGUUCAGUUUUCUGCGUAUUAUACAUCAAAGGACAAGACAAAGAUAUGAUCUCGAUUAAAAAAACAUGUCACAUUUUUGUAUUAUACAUUUUUUACAACUUAGAAUCUAUACUAAACUUAUAUAAUAAAAAUCGAUUUUA